UUGACUCUAUUUGGAGUUGUGUCGAUUGCAGAUGAAGAAAGUUUUAGUUUUUUCCUGUUCUUUUCUACUUGUACCUACACCAGAGCUCGUUGACAGACUCCGUGCUCACAGAGAGCCCGCACCAGGAUGGGUGCUCUCCAGGCGCAAAGGAUAUUAUGGAUGUGUGGUUUGAUCCUUACUCUUUCUAUCUUCACAGGAGUGUGUGGUUUAAAUGUCUGCACCUCCAGAGGGGCCAGCACAUGCAAGCAAUGUCUGGCUGUGCACCCCAGCUGUGCGUGGUGCUUCCAGGAGGAUUUCGGCCAGGGGGUCGCCAGUUCUUCCCGCUGCAAUCUGAAGAGUGAGCUGGUGGCGGCGGGCUGUGCUCCAUCAGCUCUGGCGUCUCCAACCAGCAGACUGCAUGUGAUCGAGAACCGGCCCCUCAGCAACAAGGCGGCAGGUGCCACACAAAGCGUCACCCAGAUAAAGCCCCAGAAACUACACAUCACCCUCAGACCAGAUGAUGCUCAGCGCUUCACAGUAAAGGUGCGUCAGGUAGAGGACUACCCUGUAGAUCUAUACUACCUUAUGGAUCUCUCCUACUCCAUGAAUGAUGACCUCUUCCGCCUGAGGACACUGGGCAAAGGCCUGGCCGAGGCCAUGAACCGCACCACCAGCAACCUACGCAUGGGCUUUGGGGCUUUUGUGGACAAGCCGCUCUCACCUUACAUGUACAUCUCCCCCAAAGAGGCUGUGAAGAACCCUUGCUACAGCAUUAACACCACCUGCCUGCCCCAGUUUGGCUACAAACAUGUUCUGUCUCUGACGGAGGAGGUGAGCCGCUUCACAGAGGAAGUGAAAAAGCAGAUGGUGUCCAGAAACCGAGAUGCCCCAGAGGGAGGCUUUGAUGCCAUCAUCCAGGCUGCUGUGUGCAAGGAUCAGAUCGGUUGGCGCCCUGGUGCAUCCCACCUUCUGAUCUUCACCUCGGAUGCUAAGACUCACGUGGCUCUGGACGGUCGUCUGGCUGGAAUCGUGCAACCCAACGAUGGGAAGUGUCACCUCAACUAUGACAACAUGUACAGCAUGUCUACCACCAUGGAUUACCCAUCUCUAGCGCUGAUCACAGAGAAGAUGUCAGAGAACAACAUCAAUCUCAUCUUUGCUGUCACCAACCCUGUGGUUCGUCUGUACCAGAACUACAGUGAGCUGAUUCCUGGCACCACAGUAGGAACACUGUCCAACGACUCGGGCAAUGUUGUUCAGCUCAUACUGAAGGCUUACGCUAAAAUCCGUUCCAAGGUGGAGCUGGAGCUUCAAGGUGUCCCGGAGGAGCUGUCACUGUCCUUCAACGCCACCUGUCUGAAUGGAGAGCUCAUUCCUGGCCUCAAAUCCUGCUCUGGACUAAAGAUAGGAGACACGGUCUCUUUCAGUGUGGAGGCCAGAGCUCGCGGUUGCCCCAAAGAGAAGAACAAAACCUUCAUCAUUAAACCAGUGGGCUUCAAGGACUCCCUUUCCAUCACCAUCACCUUUGAGUGCGACUGCGAGUGCCAGACCGAAGCCCAGCCCAAUAGCCCCAAAUGUAACCAAGGCAACGGCACCUACGAGUGUGGCAUCUGCCUGUGCCACCCAGGCCGCCUGGGGCCACACUGUGAGUGUGCAGAGGGGGACUAUAACCCCACAGAGCAGGACCGCUGCACUGCACCCAUAGGCUCUGGAGGACCUCAGUCUGCCAUCUGCAGCGGCCGUGGAGAUUGUGUAUGUGGCCAGUGUGUGUGCCACAGCAGUGACUUUGGAAAAGUCUGGGGAAAGCUGUGUGAGUGUGAUGACUUCAACUGCCUUCGCUACAAGGGGGAACUGUGCUCAGGUCAUGGCGUCUGUAACUGUGGCUUCUGCCAGUGUGCACCAGACUGGCAGGGUGAGAGCUGUAACUGCUCCAGACGUACUGACACCUGUAUGUCCAACCUGGGUCUGUUGUGCAGCGGAAGGGGCCAGUGUGUGUGCGGGGCCUGUGAGUGCACCCAGCCAGGUGCCUAUGGGGCCACAUGUGACAAGUGCCCCACCUGCCCUGACGCCUGCACCAUGAAGAAGGAGUGUGUGGAGUGCAAGCACUUCAAGAGGGGCAAGCUGUUUGAUGAUAACACCUGCUCUCGAAUCUGCAAGGAUGAGAUUGUGCUUGUGGAUGAAUUAGUGCUGCAUGAUGCAAAUGCUGUGAACUGCACUUACAAAGAUGAGGAUGAUUGCGUGGAGCGCUUCCAGUACUAUGAGGACGCCAGUGGCAAAUCAAUCUUGUUUGUCGUCAAAGAGCCAGACUGCCCCAAGGGUCCAGACAUUUUGGUGGUGCUUCUGUCGGUGGCAGGAGCCAUCUUGUUCCUUGGCCUGGCAGCUCUGCUUAUCUGGAAACUGCUGGUCACCAUCCACGACAGACGAGAGUUUGCCAAAUUUGAGGAAGAACGUGCUCGUGCCAAGUGGGACACGGGACACAAUCCUCUCUACAAAGGAGCCACAUCUACCUUCACAAACAUCACAUACAGAGGAAAAGACUGAUGCUACUGAACAAGGACGAAGAUGAAAUAAUGGACAUUUUUACUGUCCUCUGCGGGAAGGCACCAAAUCAUGUGCAGGCCUCUACUGUCACAAGACAAUAAUUAAUAAUUAUUUGUAUUUGUAAAUAUGUAGAAAUCAUUCUGUGGACACAUUUUAUCAGGGAUUUGUCAUAAACACCAACACUGAUAAAUAAGGUAUUGUUUUAAUUUUGUGUGAUGGACAAAGAACUUGUGUUAUGCAGGUUUACCCAAAUCAAAAAAAAAAUGAUUAUUUGUAACGUCUCUUUUCAGUCACCAAUAUUCUGGAUAACCCACAGACCUUACGGCAGACGUCAGAGAAAGAACAAAAGGGCAGAUAUUGUUACGCAAAACAAACUUCACUUCCUGAUCACAAUGUUGGAUUUCCUAUUCGUGGUACUUAGUGGGCAGAUAAGCUGUCUUUAAUUCAGUAUGGAGCCAAGUGCUGAAGAUAUGAUGUGGUUUGGAGUAAACUGUCAAAUUCCUGAAAACUGUUGCAGUUUCUUGUGUGGACUCCCAUGUUGCAUACAGUUUUUAAAACAGAACUUCAUUCCAUAAUGGAUAAUUAAAGAUAUUCAAAUGAUUUUGGGAGCAUUAUUAGUGUUUGAUACAAUUAUUUUAAACAAAAGAAAACAUUACAUUAUUCUAAAUGACAUGUGUUUUUAAAGGUGCAAUAGUGACUAAUCAUUUAUGCUGUGUUUUUAUUUUAAAUGUUGAAAAAUUAUUUGAUAAUUUCAGGCUGAGCAUCCUGAAACUCAACUUCACCAAGAAAUAUGUCAAAAGAGAUAAGUUGUAGUUUCCUGCAAUAUGCAUUGUUUUUACAGUCUGCAGUUACACUGUUACCUUUAAUAAGUGUUUGUUACUCCAUGUCAAUAUUUCAUGUAGGCUACAUUUUGCUGCCUGUUAAACAUUGGCCUAGUCAGGAUGCACAUCACUCAACAUGGGGUUUAAUGGCAACAAGGAUUUUCGAAUGAAUGACCAAAUAUAAUCAUUCCAAAUUACAUUACAAGAAUGUACUAGACAAGAUAGAUUAUGAAUACUUGUUUAAAAUGAUUACAGUUAGAUUUGUAGCUAAUAAAUGAUUGUGCUGCUUCCUGAUGAAUUUCA